CCCUUUAAUGCAAUAAUAUUUCUACAAGCAAUGUUGUACCCAUAUCAAACUCUGUUAUUGCUGCUAUUGCCACAACAUGUACAUUUCCAAGAUUAAAAUGUUUACUUAUUUUUCUAGGCUAUUUCCUUAGAACUGGUGGUGUCCCGUGUGUGCCCUUGGCCCGCCUGACAGUGCCUUCCUGGUGUCCAACAUCCUAGUGACCCUGUUCACAAAUACACAGAUACAGAGGAUCAUUAUAAAACCAGGAUCCUUUAACACCUUCUUCCCUGGAGGAAAAUCCAAACCAGUCUUCUAUACCACAACAUAGGUAAGUAUAACAGUUAUUAUGCCUCGCAAAGGUAAGCGUUCUCAGGCUGCAAAAACAAGAUGGCUAAAAGUUUCCUUACCAGACUUUGAAAAUGUUAACCAUGGUGGUAUCAACAACUCAGGAAGUAACAUAAAUAACUGUGAGUUAUUGCACACAUCUGUACAUGACAUUGAAGAGCAAUGUCACCUCAACCCUGGUGAUUGUGUGCAAGCUUCACACUCUCAAAAUUAUGAAAAGUAUCAUACAUUCUCUAGAAACAAACAGUGUACUUGUAACUCAUUGGUGUUUCUUUCUUUUCUGAAUGAAAACGAAAACAUAACAAUAGCAGAUCUUGACAAUGUUCUAGAUAAGGGGGAUUCCAUUUAUUGUGAGCAAAGGAAAAUAUUUCCAAACAACCCUUUCUUGGCUUUUGAUGAGCUUCCAGACAUUGUUACUGCACGUGCCAAUGCAUACAAUGUGAACAAAGAACUAGAGUCAAGGUUUGGUUCUUUCAAAGAUCCCGCUCCUGAAGCUGCUAAGAACUAUCUAGAUUUGACAGCAGGCUUAAGCUGCUUGUUAUCUGACGUUCAGUAUGCAUUGUUGAUAAUGUCUAAUCUAUGCAUAGCUGUUUUCAGAACUUCUUGUGGCAAAUAUGGAUUUUUUGAUCCUCAUGCCCGAACAAGUACUGGUAUGCCUGUACUUCCAGGAGCAAAUAUUUGUGGAACUGCAGUAAUGCUGACAUUUGCAAACCUACAAGACAUGAUUGAGACACUGGAUAAGUGCUUUGAAACACUCGGUGUUCCAUCAUCUGAAAGUUACCAAUUACAGCCUGUUGAAUUUCACCCUCUAAAUGCUACCAGUGAACCAAAUUCUAAACUUGGCUUUCUAAACUGCAAUAAUGAAGAUGUAUCACCAUUAUGUGGCGAUGAAAAUACUGAGUACAGUGAUGGUGAAGAACUUGUACAAACCACAAAAAAACAAAAAACAAAAAUGUGUUCUAACAUGGAGUCACAACCAACAUUUAAUGAAGAUAAAUCAAGUGUUUCUGAUAUAGAGGCACUAAUACCGAUACUCAUCAGUUGCUUGCCUUCAAAUAAUGAUAAUAGCGUAAAUGGUAUUACUGAAAAGGAGCGUAACAGAAAUAACAGACCAAGUAAUGGCUUCAAUGAAGUCCAUACAUCUCCAGAUAACAUUAAGCUCCACAUGUUAAAACUGAACAAAAACAGGAGGCAAAAGUUUUUGAGAUUGAAACGACAAUGUCAAAAAAAGGAAAAUUGUAAAGAAAAACCUAUCUCCAGUGAAAAUCUUGCAACCAAAAAACGUCUGUAUUCACAGUAUUUGUACCAGACGGAUCCAACUGUACGUCAGAAAAAAAGAAAUGUCAUUGCUCAUUUAUAUCAAAGUGUGGCAGAGUUUAGAGAAAAACAGAAACGAUUUGCAUUGAAACGCUACCACAGCAAAGCAGAUGUAAGACUCAAACAGAAACAAUUCAUUAAGGACAACUAUAAAAAUAACCCCAAUUUCAGAAAUAAACAGAAACAGUUUAUAAGAGAACAUUAUAAGAACAAUCCAGAUUUUAGGCAAAGACAGAAAACAGUCAUGACUGCACGUUACCAAAGCAGCCCAGACAUAAGGCAGAAGCAAAGAAGUGUAAUGACUAGACGUUAUCGAACAAGUCCAGAGUUUCGUCAGAAGCAGAAAAGUCGAAUGACCAUACAUUAUCAGACAAGUCCAGAGUAUCACCAGAAGCACAAAAGUAUAAUGGCCACACGUUAUCGGACAAGUCCAGAGAUCUGCCAGAAGCAGAGACGACGCAUUACUGAACAUUAUCAAACUUGUGAAGAAUUCCAACAAAAACAAAAACAAUUUGCAAAAAAACGUUACUUACAAAGUGCUGAUGUAAGACAGAAACAAAGAAUGUAUAUAUUAAACCGGUACAAAAACAACAUUGGAUUUUGUAAGAAACAAAAAUCGUAUAUGACUAAACGUUAUGCUGAAGAUAAAGAAUUUCAAAAUAAACACAAAGAGUUAAUGAAAAAAGUCAUGUUAAACAAAUACAGAAACAGCAGAGCAUUUCAAAUCAAACACAAAUGUGCAUUGCAAAUAAAGAAAAAAUACAAAUACAUCUUUGUAAAACCAGCUCAUGUCAGUGAAAAUGGGUCAACGUCGCAAACAACCGAGAAUCAAAGACUGAUAAAAUUAGCCAUUACUGCAUUUAAAGCAAAUGUAAAGAGUGGUCCAACGUUUAUUUGUACAGUUUGCCAUAAAGCUUCGUUUCCAAACCAAGUCAAGUCUUGCAACAGGUCAAAAUACACAAAAAAUGUGCAUGUGCAAGAGCACGGACUUUCAGAGUACCUCAAAACUGUCAUUGAGAACUCCAGCUCCAAUAGCACAAACCAGGCUGACGACAUGAAAGAAGUAAUGCAGGCUUACUCCAAAAAACGAGAGAUUAGCGCUCAGGAAUGCGUCACUCGUCUGUGUGGACUUCACAUGAAAAAGUCCUCCAGAGGAAUCGUCUUCGUUCCAACAGAUGACAACGCCGUGAAAAUGAGUCGCCCAAUUUCACAAUUGGAAGACAUGACGUCUGAAAGUGAAGAAGUCUGGAUGAGGUCUCUGGCAGACAAAUACAAGUGCAGACCGGAAACUACGGAGUUUGAGAACAUGUGUAUGGCUGACUUUGCUGCCACAUGCAGAUUAGUUUACGGACAAGAAAGAAAAGCCAAAG